UAAUUUAUUUGUGUAACCAAUAUUUUUUGCGCAUGAGGCGGGUUGUAAUUAGCCUAUAUCAAAACUGAAAAGUGAAAACCAGCAGAGAUUGUGAUCCGGUGCGCCGUUUAGGCAGGCACUAAAAAGAGGCGAAAGUCGAAGCCACUAGCAUUUAGUAGCCAUUGAGUAGCCACUGAGUUGGAAAUGGAGCUUCCUGUAAUUGAUCUGGCACCCUAUCUGGAAAUCUGUAGCGAUGAGUUGGAUUCCCAUAUUAAGAGUAUGUGCUUGGAGGUGAGUCGAACCCUAAGAGAAACUGGAGCUUUAUUGGUGAAGGAUCCGAGGUGUACCGCUGAAGAUAAUGAUAAGUUCAUUGAUAUGAUGGAAAAGUACUUCCAACAGCCUGAAGAAUUUAAGCGCCUUCAGGAGCGCCCUCAUCUACAUUAUCAGGUCGGGGUGACACCUGAAGGAGUUGAAGUCCCACGUAGCCUGGUUGAUGAGGAAAUGAAAGAGAAGCUUAAAGCAAUGCCUAAAGAAAAUCAACCAUCUAGUCCAUCUGGACCAGACCCUAAAUGGAGAUACAUGUGGAGAGUUGGUCCCCGUCCAAAGAUUACCAGUUUUAAGGAACUGAAUUCAGAGCCAGUAAUACCUGAGGGCUUUCCUGAAUGGAAAUGUACUAUGGACUCAUGGGGAUAUAAGAUGAUAUCUGCUGUAGAGUCUGUUGCAGAAAUGGCUGCGAUUGGUUUUGGUCUCUCAAAGGAUGCAUUUACUUCCUUAAUGCAGCAGGGACCACAUCUGCUUGCUCCAACGGGAAGUGACCUGAGGCGUUAUGGAAAAGAGGGAACAGUAUUUGCAGGAUACCACUAUGACCUGAACUUCCUUACUAUUCAUGGGAGAAGUCGAUUUCCUGGACUAAGUAUUUGGCUUAGAAAUGGGCAGAAAAUGGAAGUGAAGGUUCCUGUUGGGUGCCUCCUUAUUCAGGCAGGAAAGCAGAUAGAAUGGUUGACCGCUGGAGAAUGCAUGGCUGGCAUGCAUGAAGUUGUUGUAACUAAUAGAACCACUGAUGCGAUUAAACGAGCUCUGGAGCAAAACUGCUGUCUGUGGAGAGUAUCCUCAACGCUAUUUGCGCACAUAGCAUCAGAUGCAGUGCUAAAACCUUUAGGGCAUUUUUCAGAAAGUUCUCUUGCAAGCAAGUAUCCUCCCAUUUGUGCCGGUGAAUAUGUUGAACAAGAGCUUGCUGUCAUAAAUCUUAAAGGUAAUAAAGGAGCUUAAUAAUCCAUAUUUAAGAUAGUCCGGUAAUCUGGUGUUGCUAUUCUUGUCAAUUCCGGGCCAGUAAACAGUCACAAGAACCUUUGUAUAGGAGUAAAGUAUAACUAUAUCAUCAAUUCUCUAUUUCUAACUUGUUCAACACUAAGGUGAUUGGAUAAUGACUGCAAGAUGGACUUGAUUUGUUCUAUCAUUUGAUUGGCUAAGAGAUUAAAUGCAAGUUUAGUAGCAUUGGCUUUGCUUGAUGUA